AUGGUUCCCCGGCCGGAGGACGUGCCAGAGCCUCUCCAGAACUUAUCGACGGACAUCAUCGAGGCCUUGAGGCCUCUGACAAUCGAUGUGGGCCCUGAGGUGCGCGCAGAUAACGGCGGGUUCCGCAAGAAAAUGCGGAUGGUGACCUUCUCGUGGGACGUGCUCCCCGUAGAUGACAAGGUGGCCGCCCUGAAGCCCAAGGCUUUCCGCAAGAAGGCGAAAGCAGCCUUGAAGCACUUGCUGGCCAACCCCAUGGAGAUCGAGUACCACGACUAUUACAACAGGCAGAAAGCUUUCUUGGUGCGUUGCCGGGGCGAGCCCACUCCCCAGCAGGCCCGCCGGCCUUUACAUUUCAUUGAGUCCGUUGGCCUGGAGACGGCCCUUUGGCCGCACCUCUACUGGAAGACGACCAUGUGUGAGUCGUACGAGAGGCUCAAUCGGCAGCGGCUCGAGCAAUUGGAAGGGCGGCGCAAACGCCGGAGGGUGGAGGAGGCCGGGAAAGGGGAGGCAGAAGCAGAGGACCCCGAAAGCGAAGGGGGCAUGUCAUCGGAACGGGCGAUCGAAGCCGCAGAGCCAGGGCCGGACUGCGAUGACGACGACCAGCCUGACCCGCUAGAUCGCCGCCGAAGCAUCAAAAGGUCUUUCCAGGCCAAGCUCUUGGGGCCCCUCCUGGGGUAUGCCGCCGAUUUCACUUUGGUCCAAUAUGUGUUUGACUUACAUCUGUGGACCGACUUAGGAAGUAAGAAGGGUUCGGCCGGGACCACGGCGAUGCGCCUCACGAUGGCCGGGCAUCCUAUGUCGCCGCUGUACUGGCAAGACGUGAAGUAUGGCCUGUUCGACCUAGUGGCGCAAUUGGGGUAUCCGCAGCUCUACUGGACGAUUGCCCCUUGGGAGCAGAGCUUACCGUAUCACAGCUUCAUGCUGGAUGAAAUGCAAAAGCUGCUGCUGCAGCGCACUCGCCUGGCGCCGUUCGAGGCCAUGCAUUGGGCGCAUGCCAUGUUUGAGAUCUGCAGAGGCCUGCUGGCCGGACAUGGCCGGGCUGGAGGACAAGGCUGGAAGCAGCACGUGCUUGGCUCCAAAAGGGCUGGCGGGGAGAGAGAGCCCAACAAUUGCGUGCAGUUCUUCACGCGCCUUGAAUUCCAAGACGGCUCCCGGAAGGCCGGGACGCAGCGCUAUCACGGCAGCGGGCGCCCCCAUGCGCAUGCUUUGUUCUGGGUGCGCGACGUGCGAGUGGCGGUCUUGGAGGACGCAGUGGCAGCAACCCUGGAUUGGCCCGCAGGCUCGGAGAAUUUGGCGGCCUUUGUGCGAGCGUCGCAGCCAGAUCGGGACGGGAACAGCCGCUGGCCAGUGCACGAAGGGGCUUCCAAAUACAGUACCGAGCGCGAGCAGCUGCAGGUGCACCAUACGGAGGAGGAUGCCGCGGAAGGGGUCCGCGGGUACUUCGUGCCUAUCAUGGAUGCGCUUCGGUGCCACCAAGAUCUGCAAGUGGCGCAGGGGCGGGGGAUGCUUUUGUCUUACGUGACCAAAUACGUCGCCAAAUGGAGCGACUCAUCCUACGAUGAAUGGAUGAGCGAUUCGGCCAGUGCCACCAGCCUUUGUCGCAAAGUGCUGUUCGAGUACCACCCCUUCGAGCCAGAAAUGGCGUUGCAACUGAGCGGGGCCACCUUUCGGCAGUGGGAGUUCGGCUCCAUCAUGGGCGGGCGUCGCUCGAUUCGCGCUCCGCGGCCUGCCAGUGUGGACCAGCCGGAGGUCGUUGGCCAUUACGUGCAGGCCACAUGGCGGCGAGAUUCCAUGUCAUUGUUGGAAUUCCUACGGAAGUCGGAUGCCAGUGGGAAAAGUGGCCGCGUUGCGUCUUGGCUGCGGAAGACGUGGGAGGCCCUGCCCAAUCCAAAGGAAUCUUUGGAGGCGUUUGCCAAUGAGUACGUUCUGCGAGGGGAGCAAAUCGUGGCGACUGAGUAUUUGUGGCGCCUCAAUGACAAUUAUUAUGGCCUGUGGUGCAUGAUGCACAUACCCUUCCGCUCCCUGGAGGUGUUCCACGUCCCCUCUAUCGUGCAGAAGGUGCCGCUGCGCUAUCGCUGGUUGGCCACGGCGCUGCACUUGACCGACGACCCUGCCACGGCCCCGCGCCAUCUCCGGGGAUAUUGGCGGGAUCCCCUGCGCCAGACCCGCGACAUGCAGUUGGAGGCCUGCGUCGAUGCCUUUAUCGCAGAUGUGGUUGCCUUCGUUGCGGCGCAGACUUUAGCCAUCGACCGAUAUACGGACGGGCACUUGGAUCGCGCCGAAGAGGGGCACGUAGAGCCGGAUGGUGCUGGGCCUGCGCCUGCUGCUGCCGCGGCCGUCACUUUUGAGGGCAAGCAAAAGCUUCUCUACAAGGCUGUGGGGGCGCGAGUGCAGCUGUGCGUGCGAGCCCAGCGAGCAACGAGGGAGGAGGAGCAGGACGCCCUGCGCGAGCAAGCCCGGGGAAGCGCGCACAAGCCGGUCGUCUGCUCCGGUCGGCCGGGCGCGGGGAAGACCACGGUCGUGCACAGGAACGCGCUGGAGACUUUGGCGGCCGGCGGAUCCGUCCUGGUGGCCGUCCCUACGGCGCGCCUCUCCACGCGCAUGGCUGCCAAGCUGGGCUCCCAUGACCGCCUGGUGGUCGACACCGUUGCUGCCGCUUUCCAACUGCACAAGCCCGAGCAGGAGGCCCUCUAUGCCGUGUAUGGGUAUGACCUGAUCGUUGUGGACGAAUUUUCACAAUUGAGCCAACAAGAUUUUGAGCGCAUUUUGCGCCAUUGGCAGACCAGCUGCCUGCGUUGGUCUUUCUGGGUGCACCGAGCAGAUGACGCGGAUUUCCUGGCCACCCUGGACUUGCUCCGGACCAGCAUGCCCAGUGAAGCGCAAUUGCGCAAAAUUUGCAAAUUUCACAAGGCCUGGGUGGGCGACCAGCCGACGGCCAAGGACAUCGGAAGGCUGUUGCGCGAGCACCCUGAAGCCACGAUGGUGGCGGCCACGCGCAGGGGAGUUGCCUUGAUCAAUCAGCUGGCUUUGGAAGCCUUGCAUCCACGCGCGCAGCCGCUGGCCACCCUGCCAGGUGCUUUCGAGGACAAUCCGGAGAACUACCUGGCCAACGGAGACCUGCGCACGGAUCGCCGGCCUGUGCCAACCGAUGUGCCCAUCCACCGAGGCAUCCAUCUCUACCUCACUCGCAACGUGCGCAAAGCCGACGCCUACAUCAACGGCAUGCGCUGCAAGGUGACGGGCUUCGAGGCAAAGAUGCAGGUCCUUUGGGUGAUGACGGAUACGGGCAAGCGGUUGCCCAUCACCCGGUGGCACGAUCCCGACCACGCCGGGCUGGUCUAUUUCCCCAUCCGGCUGGGAUAUUGCACCACGGUGCACAAGGUCCAGGGAGACGAGUUCCCCUUCAUCAUCAUCUACUUGGACGCUGAUAACAAGCCGGCCGUGGCAUAUACGGCUUUGAGCCGGGUGCGCGAUGCGCAAUCGUACUUGCUGGGUGGCACCAUGACACGCAAGCACUUCGUGCCUGUCACCAUGCGGUGA